AUGCAUUCACAGCGAGACACGCUGGUGUUGCCGAAAACGUAUCCACCUCCGUAUGAAGAACACAAUGGCACGGCCGAAGACGCCAAGGAUGUCGACAGCCCUAAUGAGGAAAUAUUCGUUCCUCCACAGAUCAUGCAGAAAAUCAUGGCACUGAAAACACACAAGGAAAGAGUUCGAAUGGUCGAGGAAUACAUGAGGAAAAAAGGAGAAAUUGUGAAAGCGAAAGAGAAGGCAUUAACUUGUCAAAAACGUGCACGAGCUCGAACGAUCAAAGGUGCCAAAAACGAUGUUAAAGAUAUCCAAAAAGCAUACUGGGAGACUGUGCAUAAUAUUAUGGAUGCAAAGGAUCAGAGUUUCCGAUUGUUCUCUAGAGGUUAUGGGUUUAAUACAUGCAUUCGUGCAUGCAGGUUGCUGGUAACUGCCAGAAAGGAUGAGGCGCGGCGUUUCCAUGAAACAGAAACGGGGAAGAUUGAAGCUAUAUAUCAGAAUGCGUUCAAAAGGGUGGAUGAAGAGUACAAUGCUCUUCUAGACCUCAUGCUAAUCAGCGACAAGCAGAAUGCGAGAGCCGAGGUUUGA